GCCAUGUCUGAUAUUAUUGCGCACCAUCCGUCUCCCAUGGCGAGAUCGUUUUUUCUCACUCUGAUUAUGAUUUAUUUGCAGCAAUUAUGAUGCUGGUUAUGAUCAGUAGAAGUCUCGCUAUCGUUCUUGGUCUGGGCGAUAAGUACUCGCUCCAUCCUACGCAACAUCUUAAACCCAGAUCAUGGCGCCUGCCGCCCGCAACGAUCCCCAACACGUGUACCACGCACACUUGAACCCAAUCGUCAUGCAUUCCGCUCUCCUUGUUAGCGAAAUCUUCGCCCAAAUCCUGCUUGAACUGUCCAACAGAGACCUGUUCUCGUUGUCGACUACCUGCCAUGAUCUGUCAGAACCGGCAUUAGACCAGCUUUGGAGUACGCAAUCGUCGCUGGUGCCACUGGUCAAAUGCCUGCCGAAGGAGUUGGUAUGCGACAAUGGAGUGGGGGAACUCUCGUUCAGUCGAGCCCUAACCUGUGCGGAUUGGGACGUGCUCGUCAAAUACACCCAUCGUAUCAGACACUUGAAGGAGGUUACGUACGACAACAGCAAGUGCGACCAUGGAUGGGUGCCAGGGGUCGAAAGGCUAUCUCAAGACAUCCUACAAGCGCUCUCACAUCCUCCGCCACCAGCCUCCAAAUCGCCAUUCCCGCGCCUCGAGAGCCUUACUUGGCUGGGCUUUGAUGUGGAUGCGGAAGCUACAUCAUUCUUACGAACGCUCUCUGGUCCACGCGUCACUUCCUUAGACCUGGGCGGGUUUACUCUACGACGUGCUUCUACCGAGUCCGCCGACCUCUUCCAGUUGAUCGCCGACUUGAGCGUCCUCUUUCCUGCGCUGAAGUCCUUCGCAUUCUCUCUUCCCUCCAUGCACACUCCCAACCGCCCAGAUCUCGUGGCUGCGUUCUCACGAGCUGUGUCCGGAUGGAAACACUUGCGCGUGCUGAGUUGCGGUCCCUUGGAUGUUCCUACUCUCCUGCAUCUUGCACAUCUACCCGCGCUUGAGAAUCUCGACACGUCCCUUCCCAUCUACGGACUUGAUUCUAGCAACACCCUUCAGCUUGCAAAAGGGGCUUUCUCGCGCCUACGCGACCUCGCUAUGUGGCAUGGUCAUGGGUUUAAACAGGUCAUCGACAUCUUCGAUGCUAUACCCCGCCGCCUUCCGGAACUUUCAAAGCUCUAUCUCAACGCGGAGGAUCGAGACGGCCCAGACGACAUUCAAAGGCUGAACGACAUCAUUUCUCGCCGCGUCCAGGUCAAAGCUUUGAAAGAACUGGCCAUCAAGGAAGAAAGCACCGUGAUGCACAGCGAGGACAAUUGGCGGGUGACGCUCUUGACCUUGCAACCAGCGCUGGUCUUCACCCAGCUUGAGUCCGUGAUCCUCUCAACUUCUCGUCCCAUCUCCCUCACCGACAGCGAGCUUGUGACGCUUGCGGACGCGUGGCCCAAGUUGAGGUCGCUAGCAAUCAAUCCGAACUAUGGAUGGAUGUCGCCGUCUGGCCUGACCAUAUCAGGGCUGGCGGCAGCAUUGGAUCGCUGGCCAGAGCUGCAAUAUCUUGCGCUGGCGAUCAAUGCGCGCGAAACAUCCACCAGCACUUCCUGUGCCGACGUGUCCCUUUGUCAGCGCGGAGCACCUGCUUCCCUGAAAGACCUGGACCUACUGGACUCGCGCAUCGGGGACAAUCAUGAAGCAGUUGGGACUUGCCUAGCCAAUAUUCUGGCCAACGCUCGUUAUUGUCAGGUCUCAGCAUGGAACGGUGUGCAUCCUGACUACGCCCUUUACGAAGAAAGCUGGCCGAAAUGGCGCCUGGCUGUUGAUUUCAUGAGGAAUAGGUUAACGGCCGAGAAUCAUGGGGCAUCGAUUCGGCAGUAUCGUCCAAGCGAUUCCCGGCUGCCUGAGCACGUGUACUCGGCACACUUGAACACGACCGUCAUGCAUCCCGCCCUCCUUGUUAGCGAAAUCCUCUGUCAAAUCCUCUCUGCACUCUCUGACAACAAGGACCUCUUUGCGGUCUCGGUCACUUGCCAUGAUCUAUCGGAGCCGUCGCUAGACCAGCUCUGGAGCACGCAGCUAUCGCUGGUGCCACUCGUCAAAUGCCUGCCCAGGGACCUGAUUCGCUGCGAAACUGAGCGAAAUGCAGGAGGAGUGGCCAAACUCUCCUUCACUCGGGGCUUGACUAGUGCGGAUUGGGAUGUCCUCCUCAAGUAUGCCCAUCGUAUCAGGGUCUUGAGAGGAGUUACGCGAGACUCGCACCACAAGACGGUUGAAGGUUGGGAACUAGGGAGGGAGAGGCUAUCUCCAGAAAUCCUGGAGACCCUCUCGAACCCGCCCAAAGAGAUCAUCUUCAAUGCGUUCAAGAAUGCGUUAUUCCCGCACCUCGAGAGCAUCACUUGGCAGGAUUUUGACGCGGACUCUGCGGAAGCCAUGUCCUUCUUGCGGUCGUUCGCUGGUCCAAAGCUCAAAACCCUGAGUAUGAACGGGUUUUUAGUACAAAGACAAUAUUCUUCCGAGUUCCUCAGCAAGCUCGUCUCCGAAUUCAGCGUCCUCUAUCCAGAGCUGAGGACGUUCACGAUUCCUCUCAUGCGCAUGCACGUGCCCAAUCGUCCAGACAUCGUGUCUGUGCUUUCGCGAGCGGUGCGCGGGUGGAAAGACAUGCGCGUACUGAAAUGCGGUCCUCUGGAUGUCCCAGCUAUCCGGCAUCUUGCACACCUACGUGCCCUCGAGAGGUUCGAAACCGACCUGCCGAUCUACGGGUUCCGCUAUAGCAAAACUCUCCAGUUUCCAGACCAGGCUUUCUCGUGCUUGCGCACUCUCGGUCUGAACCAUGGUCGCGGCUUCAAACAGAUCAUCGAGUUCUUCCAAGCCAUACCUGGUCAUCUUCCACAGCUCUCGAAGCUCACUCUCCUAUCAGACCGUCAGGACAAUCCAGACGACAUUCAAAGGCUGAAUGACAUCAUCGCCCGCCGUGUCCGGACCGAAACACUGAGAGAGUUAAUAAUUGUGGAACGAAACAUCUUGGACCCGCAUGUCGCGGAUACGCGGGUGACAUUCUCAACCCUGCAACCCUUACUUGACUUCGCUCGGCUCGAGUUCGUGUGUCUGACCACUGAUCGCACCAUCGUUCUCACCGAUAAGGAGUUUGUGAUGCUGGCGAACGCGUGGCCCAAGUUGACAGCCCUAUUGAUCAACGAGACGCACGGGUGGCAGUCGCCGUCGGGUGUGACCAUCGCGGGGCUGACGGCGGCGUUGGAGCGUUGGACGAUGCUGUACUACCUGGCGUUGGCAAUCGACGCGAGAAAAGUAUCUACCGACGCUUACUUCGCCGACGUGUCAUCGCAUCAACGGAGAGCACCCGCUUCUCUGAGAGAUUUGAACUUACUGGACUCGCGCAUCGAGGACAAUCAUGAAGCUGUUGGAACCUGCCUAUCCAAGAUAUUGACCAACACUCGUUCUUGUCAUGUUUCAGCGUGGAACAACGCGGGAGCUAGCUAUGAGCUCUACCAGGAGAAUAAGCCGAGAUGGAGCCUAGCUAUCGAUUUCAUGAAGGAUAGGUUAUCGGCCGACUCAUGA